CAGAGGGAGUUAAAACGGCAAACGCACUUCCUUUGACUGCACUACAGCUCAGUACAUGACACUUCACUUACCGCACCUGAAGCUUCGGCUGCUUUCUUUCUGAGCUCGAGUGGCUUUUUCUCUCCAGUCAGAGCUGUGUUUUAACGCACGCAAACCGGACCGAGGUCCGAGACCUCAGUGGAGAUGCUCACGCUGAGCUGCUACAAGACACGGUGACACCGACCUUGUAACAAUGGAUGUCAACGUCCACGGCAACCCACGUCUUCACUACCGGCUCAACAGCUACCAGCAAACUAACGAUGAUGGCCUACAGUUUCUCAGUGUGGAGGAAAAGGAGUGCAUUCUUUUCUUUGAGGAGACUAUAGACUCGUUGGAGGACGGCUUGGACGAUUCCAAAGCACUGACCUCCAGAAGGAGCACUCCUGCUGAGAUCCUUCGCGCGUCAUCUAAUUCAGCGUUAAGUUCUGCCCGCGCUGCAAAAGUUUCCCCAGGCCUAAUGGAGCAUGACAUCAUUGACUUGGUCCAUUCCCCAACUAACCUCACCGUGUCAGAUUUUCCGAACAUCGACUUGAUACCGGAGCCUCAUUAUGAAACAAUGCCACAGAAGGAGAGCGUUGUCCCAUCCUCGACCAGAAGCUCUGAUGCACACGAGGAGAACAACCACCAGCCUCCUCCCGGCUCCGUUCCCACGCCUGUCGUCAUUGCCAGCAAGAUCUCCGAGCACCAGGGUGCUGGCGGGAUAACACCGUCGAAACUGUUAGGCCACAGACGCAGCCUUGAAUCCAAACGUAACCCUCCCAUGCCUACGAGGAUCCCCCAACUCCCACACAAUAUCAGCAUGACACAGGGCAACCAAGAGCUCAGCCACCAGUCACUCGCCACAGCAGCCGUCAACAUUCAGGAGCGCCGCUCGCAGAUGCUGGCCAACGUGCCUGCUGGUAACCACCCGCUAGAGGGGGGUGAACCCGCCUGCGUGCGCAACGUGCCCAUACGCAGCGUGUCAUUCAAAGAUAUUGCGCCUGACAAGUCCAGGAUGGAGGCGCUGUCCAAGCUGGGGUUAACGGGGGGCAAAACGCCUCAUUCGACUGCCAGCAUGGUUACUAAAGUGAGCAGCAGCACUACUUCACCUUACAGCAGUUCUUACAAAGUGAGCAGCAGUGCUAGUCCACCUGUGAGCAGCUCUAACAAACUGAGCGUCAGCACACCGGCUCAUAUGACCAACAUGAAUAGUUCAAAGAACAGCAGCACCUCUGGCGCUCAGUCCAUCUACAGCAGUGGCUACCAGACGAAACCCAAGAGUGAACCCUCUUCCAGCAACUUUAACUACUAUAAGGGGAAAACCGCUGCAGUCUCGCCUAUUGCUAAAAACACAGCUGCCACUUUUAAUCAAGAGAGAAGGUCUAGCAUCCCACCGACGAGUGCUGAAGUGAAACAGCCCGACUUUAACAGCUAUGGUGGUAAGACCAUCGUUCUCAAUACCAUGAUAGGUGUCAAGGAAGAGUCUGUCCCAUCCCCAAACACACCCGAGCCAGCAGAAACCCAGUUCAACAGUUACGGUGGCAGAUCAAGAGUUAUAAAUUCUGUGGUGAACACAGAUGUACCAAACGGGGUGAAUUCUGCCCAUAGCCACACUCCGACUAGCACCGUCACACCCACCGCGCACCAUGGUGACCCCACCAGAUCUAGAUACCCAUCCGAACAAAACACCUAUGAUGCUAAACCCAAAGCGGCGUUACAACCUGACCCGGUUUACCAGCCUAUAGUCAGGACCAGGCCUGCCACGCUGCCCCCUCCAACAACCUCCAAACCUCAAAGCCCCUUUGGAUCUCACAGGCCUCGUCCAGAUCCGGUUCCUCCAGAGAUCCUCAGUAAGCCCGCUCCGUCAUUCCGCACUCAAGGCGUCACCGUACAGUUUUCCGGCAGAGGAACGACGGGCGAAUCCAGACGGGAUGCUCUGCGCAGACUGGGACUGCUAAGGAACACAUCCUAAACACUCAGUCUCAGUGCCUUUGGACAUUAUUUACUGAAAUCCAUCCGAACGCAAUUCCGAUGAUACGGUCGAACUAAAGGCACACAAGUCAGUUGUCGUCAACUACUAUAGUAUUAUUUUCUAUUCUGAAUAACGUAAUCGGUAAUAGUUACUUUCAUUACAUCUAUACUGGUGGAAAUUUUAUUUAAGAAUGUGUAUAUUACUUCACGGUGAUGUUACCAUGCUAUUCAACAAGCACAUGACCAAUGCCAGUCUAAAAAGAAAAAGGCAGCAGUUCUCUCUUACAGUGAUUUGUACGGAACCGAGUUGGCCUGAGAUGCGGCAUGUGGCAGACGCUCCAGAGUGACUUCCAUUUAUCUUUAUAUUUAGCUUUAUACAACUGAACAGUUGAGGAUUAAGGGCGUUGCUCAAAGCUCGGCAGGGCUGGGACCUGAACUCACAACCAUCCAAUGUGAGGUCUACUACUACCACCAUUGCUUGUUGAAACUGUUCAUCAGUACCAAAUGCAAGAAGGUCUGGAUCACGGUGCAGCAACGCUGAGUACAGAGUCCGGUUGUUCCCCAGCAGUCUUUCGGCGCCCGAAUGGCCUCAGCGCUGAGCAGUGCUUACGGCAAUGGAGUUACAUGCAAAAGAACGCGAGUGAUCCACAUCUGGGCUGGAGAUCCACAUCUGGGCUGGAGAUCCACAUCAUCACUAUAAAGGACUAUAUGACAAAUAUGUCGCCGGUCAUGCUGAAGCUUUCCCGAGGACAGACUUUACAAACCGCGAAAAACCCCACAAUCUAGAUGUAAGAUGCACGGCACAGCUUGACCACCACCGAGCUCGGGUCUGUGGCUGGAGCAUCUCGUUAUCAAACCUGCGAUUAAUCAUUUAAACACGGCAAGUGGUCAGUAGUGCGAAUAUCAGUGCUUAGAUCUCGCUUCUCACGCCGUGGUCACGUCUACAGGAUAUUUAUACAUAUUGACCGCAGCACCUCCCAUACUACACCACACCGAUCCAGAUGUAGCCUCUUAUAGAUGAGGGUGGUGAUGGAAAAUGUCCCUCCUCCCCCUCCUCCCCCUCCUCAUUGGUUCUGUUUCUGUCUGGACUGGCAGACUUUGUCUGGACUCUUUAUAUUCAGUGAUUUGUGUUAUACAAGGUGUGUGUGUACGUGUGCGUGUGCGUGUAUGUGUGCGUGUGUGCGUGUGUGUGCGUGCGUGUGUUUAAACUAAAAAUGAGAUGUGAUGGAAACGUGACGGAAUGAAAACGGAUGCUUGGUGCAUGGAUGAUGUGUGUGUCUGUCUGCUUUAUUUGAUUCAUUUUACUACAUUAUUAUUAUUGUUAUUAUUUUAAAACUGACUCCGGUUGUUGUAGCAAUUCUACAAAUAUCAAUGAAGGACCCGAAACACAAAAAUGUGUUUUCACACACACACACACAUACACACCAAUCCUGUUACCCAUUCUUCAUCUUUAUUUUCACAAAUGGUGCCGCUGCAGUAAGAAACAGAACCAUAAACCUUAUUUCCUUAUUUUGUUUUAUUGUUAUUAUUAUUUUUUAUUUAAAUAGCACCUCUACUUUGAGCUAUUUUUAUAGUCAAUUAUAAGUUAUAAAGAAAUUCCUGUAUCACAGCCUGCUGUUUCCUUUUCGUGAAUAAAAACAGUUUAUCACCCUCA